UCGGGAAGCCCGGGGAUUCCUGUGGAAAGCGCGGCGAUUCCUGUGGGAAGCCCCCGGUCUGAGUGGCCCCGUGUUGUUAGCGCCGUGUUUUCCACGGGACUUGCGGCGCCUCCGUGCCGCCGAUCCCCUGGGGCCGCCGGGCGCUGCCGGGAUGGAGCGAACGCACCGGCUGGAGCUGUUCCCUGACCGCAGCGUCACGCUGCUCCUCUUCCAGCACGUGAAAAAUGCCGCUGCUCUGCGGAAAAAAGCCAUGGAAGGAUCCAUUGACGGAGCACUGAUAAACCCUGCGAUGAUUGUAGAUCCUUUUCAGAUUCUUGUGGCAGCCAACAAAGCAGUGCAUCUACAGAAGAUAGGUAAAAUGAAGACCAGAACACUCUAUGCAGAAAUUAUUUUCAGCCUUUCACCAAGCAACAAUAUUUCAGAUGCAUUUAAAAAGUUUGGCGUUUCGGACAGCGACACGGCAGUACUCAUUGUGCUGGUCGUGGAAGGAGACAAGACUGUCAAUCUGGCAGAUAUAGCAUCUCAGGUGGAAGGUCAGCAGGUUUCCCUAGAUGAACUCCCCCAGCUAACAGACACUGCCAAAGUUAAAAAGAUGUACAAAGUUACUCCACAGGAAGAAAAAAUCGGCACCUUAUUGGACAGCGUUGUUUGCAGAAUGUCAACAAAAGAUGUUUUGUGAAAAUGUGGAAAUAAAUUUCAGAGGAAGUGAAGUAGUACUGAGUAGUUUGAUGACAUCUGAGCUUUAACACAAGCUUUAAGAUUGGACACAAGGGUAACCUGAGCUGUGUUCUAAGCACAGAGAGCAUGCCAAGUAGAAUUUGCCAUUGGCAUUUCGGUUCUUUUCCUUGACAAGGGAGAAUUGGCAGUACUUUAAGCUGAACUUAAACAAAAGGCUUGGAAAUCUGUACUUUUGUCAAAUGUUUUGGUAGACCCAGAGAGGGUUUAAACAUUGUAAAUCAUUUUUAUUAUCAUGCUCUGAUUUGUUUUGGUUUGGCAACCAGAUGGAUGAUAUCCUUUUAACAAUACUAUUGCCAGAAAAGGCAUCUUUACAGCCCAAGUAUUUUUGAUGGGCUAGGAAGGACAUUUUCCAUAAACAAUCAGCAGCAUCUCCCUCUUUGUGCCACUGGGAUAGAGUUGCUGCCCACCCUUUGAGGUCAGGAAGGGGCAGAGGUGCUGUGCCAGCCAGUGGCAGUGUGGAGCAGGGACAUCAGAGCUUUGUACAAGGAAGAAUAAAGUCUGUGGAUAAUGCUGUGGUGGUGUUAGCACCUAACAGUCUGAUGUCAUCCAUUGCUGGCUUUAAAGGCUAUGGAGUAGUGCUUUUACUUCUUAACACUGAUUCAUGCAUGGUGAUACUGAACGCACAGAGCCUGGUUACAGGUGCAGAAUUCACAGAAGAAUUUGCACCAUAGGUUGUAUCCAGUUAAAUUGUCAAUAGAGCAUACAUAGCAUUCUGAAAGGACGUGAAACUUGUCUUGGGUUUUUCAACCACUGCUAGCAAAGGCCAUGAAAGAGAACUAGGAGGACUGUUGAUUUCCAGUAGUCACCAGGUGCAACAGCUGUGAAUGUGUAUCAUAUAAUCACAUGUAUGCGUCCUGUUUAAGUAAAACUACUGUCUUAAGUGGGUAGAAAUCCAUAGUGCUUGUUAUUUUUAUGCUGUAUUGUUUUUAUAGGAUGUGCAUAAAACUACAGCUGUCUGCUUUUUUUUUUUACCCUGAUGUUUUCUGAGGUACUAUGAUUAGUGCACUUAAAAGAUCUUUGGAAGAGAAUGCCUCAUACUCUUACACAUACAUUUUGAAGGAGAGGUAAGUCUUAGAGUUGAAAUGUUGUCCUGUACAGUAAACAGACCAGUGAACUGACAUAUAGACGUGUUUUUGUCUUUCUGUGUUUAAUACAGAAAUGUACAGCUUCAGUUUUGUAUUUUGAUUUCAGUUAAGUCUUCCCUUAGUUAAAACACAGUAGUACAAAUACCAUCCAGACCAUUUCUUACCAACCAGACCGAUAGCAAAUUUAGGUGUGAAGUACUAAGGAAAUUACAAGAUUUAUCAAAGGAUUAGGGACAAAUGGCUGUGCUGACUUUUUGCUUUAAAGAUGGCUUUACAGAAUGCAUCAUCUUCUCUAAAGGGAAAUGUGAGGCAGUAGUAAAAAAUGGAGCUUGGAAGGACUUGAGUCUUUAAAAACAAAAGUGUGUCACAUCAGCAUGUGAAAAUGACCAUGGAAAAUAGACUUGUUUUCCAGUUCUGACAGUUGGUACAUGGAAUAUAUCAGAAGAUUUACUGGCUGAAUUACAAUGUUUUUGUUAGUUCAAAAUAACAGCAGACAGGCUUACUUAAACCACUGCCUUUUUUGAACACAUGUAAAACAUCUAUCUGGCCUGCUUAAUGCAGGAGAAAUAGUAAUAAAAUGAUCGUUGCAUAAAAGUUUUGACACACAAGUUCCAAACCUGGGCUCUUAGUUUCUACUUUUCCAUCUACUUCAUUGGUGUAGAGACAUUAAAUAGCUUGUUACUGUUGACAUAAGCUAAAUUGUGAUUUAGUGUGAGACCCGAAUGAGGUGUUUUCAUGAGUGGAUUUACAGGAAAUUAUUUUGGGAGCUGAAGUCUCCAAAGUGUCAUUCAGUCAGGCAGAUGAUUUGGGUCUGUUUGCAUUGAAGACUGUGCUGUGCAAGACCAGAGAUUUUCCCUAGAUGUGGUUGCAUUAUCCAAGUUAAAUGAGUUAUUUAGAAAAACUGAUAAUAAAAGUAGAUUUUGUUCACCCUGCAAA